AUGGACAAUAACUUAACGGUAUGUUUUUGUAAUUACUUUGAAGGAAAUAGAGAAGACUACUUAAACUUGGCUGUUCCACUAUAUGAAGCAUCGAUUACGAGUGACUGGGAAGCUGCAAAGCUCAUCUUUGAGAAACGCCCAGAUUUGGUACGGUUUGGUCUCCCUAAGAAUAGUGGCACAGCACUACAUGUGGCAGCAAUAGCAGAUCAAAAUCAAUGGACCAAGAAGAACUUAGAUUUUGUGAAGAAUCUAGUAGAUAUGAUGACAAUAGAUGAUUUGGAACUUAAAAAUAAACAUUCCAACACUGCCUUUUGGAUAGCAACUGCAUUCGGGGAUAUGGAAAUGGCUAUGAUUAUGAUGGAAAAGAAUCCCAACCUGUUGAACAUCCGUGGUUCUGCUGGACUAUUGCCAUUGUCUGUCAGUGCUUUCACAGGGAGACACAGCACAGUGAGGUAUCUAUACAAUCGUUCUCAGAAGAUGAGUGGCGAUCAUUGGACAGAAAGUGACAUGGAUUUUACACUAUUACAUUGUGUCGAGCGUGAUUUCUUUGAUGUUGCCCUCCAAAUCCUCAGCGACUGUCCAGAACUUGCUCGGAAUAUGGCUAUAGCUGUUAUGCACCGUCAUCAAGGUAUCUACAACCUGCUGUACGAGAUAGGUGGCUCUAAGAAUGAUAUAUGCACCUUUAAGGACAAGUCAGGCAAUAAUAUGCUUCACUUAGUUGGGAAGACUUCAAAGGAGAUGGCAGCUAAGACGUCUAGAGCAUCUUUGCUAAUGCAACGAGAAUUAUUGUGGUUCAAGGAAGUAGAGAAGAUGAUGCCACCUUCUUUGAGGGAAGCGAAGAACAAAGAUGGUCAAACACCAUAUGAGUUAUUCUCCAAAGAAAACCAAGAUCUUGUUUCCAAAGGGUUGAAAUGGAUGAAAGACUGUAUGGUUGUUGCCACACUUAUCAUCACCGUAGCGCUUGCUGUAGCCUUUACGGUUCCAGGUGGCUACAACCAAGAACAUGGAUUUCCUAUUUUCAUUCAUCAACUUCACUCAUAG